AUGCCGUCUCGCCCACCGACAUCAUCUGAGGUCGGAGAGAUUUCUCUUGCGCGGAAUACAUAUUUCAGGACCACCACCGAUGCAUCGCAGAAGCUGAUUUACUAUUAUGAGCGGAAAUUAGACCGCGUCUUCGUCCACGCCCUCAACACAGUCAAACGGAUUCCGCGGACGGGGACGGCGCGUCCGCCCGCCUCGGAGCGCUUGAAGUUGUAUGGCUUGUAUAAGCAGAGUAUGGAAGGUGACGUCGAAGGUGUCAUGGAUCGACCGGUGGGGAAUACCCCGGAUGUUUUUAUGGAGUGUGAGAAGUGGGAUACGUGGUACGCCCAGCGCGGUCUCUCCCGCACCGAAGCCAAACGCCGGUACAUCUCCACGCUGAUCGAGACGAUGCAUCAGUAUGCGUCGCAGACGGCCGAGGCCCGCGAGCUGGUCGCCGAGUUGGAGUUUGUCUGGGAUCAGAUUAAGUCGAAUACCGCUUCGUUGGAGUCGUCGGAUGGUGGUGGUGCUUCGGCGUCGGGGCGACGCUUGUCGCGCGAGGAGUAUGCGCGGUGGCUUCUUGCUACGUCGAUGGGGGAGGGCGAAACGGCGGCGGCGGCCUCGUCUCGACAUGGUGGGCGCGGACGUAUUCGCGAGGAGGGCUCGGGGCUGAGGGUGAUGAGUCCCGUGAGUCAGCCGAGUCAGCCGGGGGCGUAUGCUCGGUCGCGUUCCAAGGGAUAUGGCGAUGAUGAGGUAGAUCAUCAUGAUCAUGAUGCGGAUGAGGAGGAGGAGGAUGAGGAAGAGGUGUACGCGGAGGCUCAGGAUAAUCUCUAUGAAGAAGACGAUGAUGACGACGACGACGCGGAGGCGAACGACUACCGACCACAACCCCAUCCUCACGAAGCAGUAGAACCCCCCGAUCCCCCGUCCAGAGGGAGGCCACGCCGGCCGCCGCCCCCUCCCACACCGGCAUCCUGGCGUCGCCGCGUCGAGCAGGCCUUGACGACGAUGACGGCCGAGAUCGCCGCCGUGCGCGAGCAGAUGGAGGCGCGCGCGCGGGCCCAGCGCCGCCGCUCGGGCGUCUGGGCCUGGGUCCGCUGGUUCCUGUGGGUGUGUUUCCGGCAGGCGAUGGUGGAUCUGGCCAUCCUGGGGGUCCUGUGGGUGUGGAUGCGCCUCCGCGGGGACCGGCGGCUGGAAGUCGUACUCAAGGUCGGGUGGGCGGAGGUGAAGAGUCGAUUGGCGAGGACGAGGCUCUGGCGGAGGAAGAGGAUCCCUCGAGGCGAUUCUUGA